AUGGGAGUCACGCGCGUGCGUCGCCAGCCCGAGUACUACGACGACGUGCACCACGACGCUCGACGGCCCCCCGACUCCCCCCGCGCCCCGCCUCCCAGCCGCGACCUCCGCACCUCCCCGUCGGCCUCCCCCAACGCCCCCGCGCACCCCGUCGGCUCCGUGGUCUCGGCCUCCCUGCCCGCCGCCCUCGCCGUCGUGCACUCCGCGGACGACAACAGGGCCGCGACAACAGACUGGGACUGGUCGCUGGUGCUGGUGGGGGCCGGCAUGGCCCUGGUUCUCCUGGCCGCAGUGAGCUACCAGUGCGCCGCCACGUGGCGCUGGCUCAAGCAGGGGGCCCUCCGGGGCUGGGAGGAGGGCCUGGCCGGAGACCUGCAGGCCGCCGUCCGCAUCUCGCACUCGCUGCCUGACCUCAAGCGGCCCACGCGCCAGGAGUAUGUCCAGGAGAACAAGACCGAGAAGAAGGUGCUGCGGCAGACCACGCUGCCGGCCGUCACCUCGGAGCAGCAGAAGUUCCAGCGGCAGCUGUCCUACCGCAUCGACCCGGUGCCGCUGGGGCAGAUCCAGUUCUCCGUGUGCAGCCUGGACCGCUCCAACGACACCAUGGGCAACAUCAAGCCCGAGCUGUACCGCGACGAGGCGCUGAAGCGGGGCUCGGCCGACAGCUCCACGGACAUGGAGUGCUGCGGGAAGCUGCACUUCGCCAUCCGCUACGACAGCGAGAUGGAGGCCCUCAUCGUCAAGGUCCUGGAGGCCAGGGACCUGCCCAUCAAGGACGUGACGGGCAGCAGCGACCCCUACGUCAAAGUGUACCUGCUGCCGGACCGCAAGAAGAAGUACCAGACCAAGGUGCACCGCCGGAACCUCAACCCCAUCUUCAACGAGACCUUCAUCUUCAGUGUGACGUACGAGGAGCUGCGGCGCCGCUUCCUGUCCUUCUCGGUGUACGACUUCGACCGCUUCUCCCGCCACGACCUCAUCGGCCAGGUGGUGCUCAAGGGGCUGCUGGACGCCGCCGACCUGUCCCAGGAGAUCGAGUACACCAUGAACAUCCUCAACACCAAACAGGACAAGGUGGACCUGGGCGAGCUGAUGCUGUCGCUGUGCUACCUGCCCACGGCGGGCAGGCUCACCGUCACGGUCAUCAAGGCCAGGAACCUCAAGGCCAUGGACAUCACGGGCUCCUCCGAUCCGUACGUGAAGGUGUACCUGCUGUGCCAGGGCAGGCGGAUCAAGAAACGCAAGACCAGCGUGAAGCGGUCCUCGCUUGCUCCCAUCUACAACGAGGCCCUGGUGUUCGACGUGCCGGCCUCCAACGUGGAGGACGUCUCGCUCAUCGUCAAGGUCAUCGACCGCGACAGGAUUGGCCCUAACGAGCUGAUGGGGUGCUGCGGCAUCGGGCCGUCCUUCAUCGGGGUGGGCCGCGACCACUGGCAGGAGAUGCUGGACAACCCCCGCAAGCCGGUGGCGCAGUGGUACACCCUCAUGGAGUCCGUGCCCGAGAACGGCGCUGACCUCGGCGACGGCCAGCCCGUGUCGCUCAGCUGCCUCAACAGUGCCAGGUGAACGCGGCGGGGUGAGGCUGAUCUCCUCAGUCCGCACUGAGUGUCUUUGUCUGCUCGACGAUUGAACGUCAAUCGCGCGACCGUCUUCAAGUCCCGGAGGGAGGGAGAAAGAAAGUCGAAGAAUCGAAGAAUCGAUGCAACUGCAUGCGGAGGACGACGCUUCCUCGAGAAGUCUGUCUCACUCUAGGCGAAGGUCCUUGUCCUGUCGCUCCAACCCAUGCCUUUAUCUUCGUGUGUGCUAACUGCAAUGCCUUUGAGUCUUACUCUUCCAUCUGUCAAUGAAGUUAGUGAAAUCUCUAUGCCAGCUUCUUCCAAGGGAAGUUUUUGUUAAGUGCCGCCUGCUUCAAUGUGUGGGUAGAUUUAAUCCCAGAUUAGAGUGUGUCUAUAUUUCUGUAGUUUGGUGUAAGUCGAAUUAGAGAGUCAUUUUUAAACAUAGUGCCCAGUAACAAUCUUUCAGUGGAAGUUUGGACAUAAGUGAAAGAGGAGGGGAUAUUUGUAUAACUUGUGUUGUGCAGCAUCCUGUAUUUUAUUAAUGUGUAAAUUAACGAAGUUUACGAAAAUAGGUUUAAUAGACUAAGUUUGCUUCUAUCAUAAGUAAACUUGAAUCUCAACCGGAAAACUAAGCCAUUUCUGAGUGGUAGAAAGUGUAGUCUCUGUGAGUUGUUUGAAAACAAUUUAGUAGUAGUCGUACGAAUAAUCGUCCAUGAUAUUUUAAAUGUGUUCUGUCUUAUGGAUAAAAAUAAAAGUAACAGAUUUUCACUAA